AUGAUAGUGGAAAGGCUUUCUAUUCUGAGUGGAUAUGGUUCUGAGGGUAGUGGAGAUGAUUUUGAUGAGAAUGACUACAAUGUGGAUGAGUCUAACAUACAAUUUGAUGUUGAUUUAGACAUUAAUGUAUUCCAUAAUGUUGUUGAUGUAGAUGCACAUGGAAUCUUAAACAAUCAUUCAACAGAUGAAGGGAAUGACAUGAUUGAUAAUGCAUUGGAAGUUAAUGCUACUGAUGAUUAUCAGUUUGUAGGAUUUCAUGAAGAUUAUAGGAAGAGAAUGCUUAAGGAGUUGAUUAAGUCAAGUAGAUGCUCAUAUGAAGAGAUUCAUGUAAAACCAUUUAAGGUGGGCUAG